CCCUGAUAGGAUUUCCCACGAUGCAACGCGAAGCUGUCAUGGCUGCUCACUGAUGCUUCUUGUAGCACAUGGGCAGUAACAAACACAUUCGUAGCUUAACACGAAGAGAAGCGGCGCAACAGCCCCCGAAAGGAGAGGACAACAAUUGAAAAUUAAAUCCAGUUCGUGUUGAAGCCACCGUCACUUUGUGCGGCACGUUUCGGAAUUAUGGUGUGGGACGUGGAGAUAGCAGCACUCCGAGGCUUUCUCACAGACAGCGAAGCAACGGAGUGGAAGCAGAAUAAUUCAAGCGCUGCAGAGAGCGGUUCGCUGCUGGAGUCCCUGCUGGAGGGUAAUUUCGAGGGGGUGCUCCUGAGCCCCGUGGUGCUGGACGUGCUCGGCGGGGAGAGCGGCGAUGGGGAGACGGUGGAGGCCUACCUGCAGAGGCGUUUCCUGGCCUACCUGAGCGACGCCACAGAGGACGACCGAGCAGAGAGGGAGAAGGUGCUGUACGUCCUGGCUGUGGCUUGCCUUCACCUCUUCGCCCAAAGUAACUGGACGGGCCCCCCUGUCACCGUCCACCCGCAGGACAUCCUCCCCUCCGCUCUCCUGCAGCCCCUCUCUGAGCCACAGGCUCUGACUGCAGCCCUCCUGAACAGCCUGGUGUUGGACGGAGAGUCCGUGUACAGCCUGGUGUCCAACCCCUUCCUCCUGCUCCUGGCCAGAGUCCUGCUCGUCAGCUGUGGGGCCAAGCUGGAGAGCUUCCAACUGCUGCCCUGGUGGACCCUCAGGUACGUCGCCCUGCACCAGCAGAUUCUGGAAGAGCGUUCCCCGGAGCUGCUCACCCUGGCCCGGAGCAGCAUGGAGAAAGCGCUGAAGGCGGAGGCCCUGUUCGGCGGCGAGGCCCACAGGAACCUGGCCGUCCUGUUCCACCUGGAGUGCGGCUACGCCUGCCUGACCUACUACGAGUACCGGCCCGCCAAGGACCACUUCCUGCAGGCCCGCACGCUGUCCCGUCUGGAGAUUAACGUGACAGGUGCUCUUGGGAAACGGACGCGGUACCAGGAGAACUUCCUGGCUCAGCUCAUUCUCGACGUCCAGCGCAAGGAGGGGGCCCUCCCCCCCGAGGCAGGCCUCACCCCAGCGCCCACCCCCCGGGAAAGCCUACCCAAGGACCACGACCUGGCCGACGACACGGUGCUGAACAGCGUCAGCCUGGCGGAGCCCGAGGAGCACCAGCCGCCGGACCUGAGCGCCGAGGAGCAGGCCGUCAUCCUGGGAGUGUGCACAGAUUUCCAGAAGAACAACCCCGUCCACAAGCUGACAGAUGAGGAAGUGCUUGCCUUCACAUCCUGUCUGCUGUCCCAGCCCAAAUUCUGGGCCGUGGAGGUGACCGCGCUGAGCCUGAGGACCCGGCUGGAGCGGGGCAGCUCUCGGAGGGUGGAGAGAGCCAUGAUGCAGACACAGACCCUGGUGGACUACUUUGAGGAGAAGGGCUCGCCGGUGUCGGAGAGGCUGAAGGUGUUCUACAGCUGCCAGGUGCCGACGCGCUGGGCUCUGCAGAGGCAGCUGGCCAGCCUCCUGAUGGACCUGGGCUGCACCAGCUCCGCCCUGCUCAUCUACGAGAAGCUGGAGCUGUGGGAGGACGCCGUCAUCUGCUACGAGAGGAUAGGGCAGCACGGGAAGGCGGAGGAGAUCCUGCGUCGGGAGCUGGAGAGGAAGGAGAGCCCCUCCCUGUACUGCCUGCUGGGGGACGUCCUGCGGGACGGGCAGUACUACGACCGGGCGUGGGAGCUCUCGGGCCACCGGAGCGCCCGGGCCCAGCGCUCCAAGGCCCUGCUGCACCUGCGCAGCAAGGAGUUCCAGCAGUGCGUGGACUGCUUCGAGCGCUCGCUGCGCAUCAACGCCAUGCAGCUCGGUGUGUGGUUCUCUCUGGGCUGUGCCUACCUCGCGCUGGAGGGCUACGAGGGCGCCGCCAGGGCCUUCCAGAGAUGCGUGGGGCUGGAGCCGGACAACGCGGAAGCCUGGAACAACCUCUCCACCGCAUACAUCCGACUGCAGCAGAAGAACAAGGCCUUCCGCACCCUGCAGGAGGCGCUCAAGUGUAACUACGAGCACUGGCAGAUCUGGGAGAACUUCAUCGUCGUCUGCAUCGACGUCGGCCAGUUCGGCGAGGCCAUCAAGGCCUACCACCGGCUCCUGGACCUGCGGGACAAGUACAAGGACGUGGAGGUGCUGGAGAUCCUGGUGCGGGCGGUGGUGGAGGAGCUGCCGGACUCCCAGGGGGAGCAGGCCGCGCCCCUGCGGGCCAAGCUGCGGGAGCUUUUGGGCCGGGUCACCUCCCGGGUCAGCACCGACGCCCCCGUCUGGAGGCUGUACGCCCGUCUCUACGGCGACGGCCGCGGCGACGACCUCGAGGACAACCAGAAGGCGCUGCAGUUCUUGGCUAAGGCCCAUCGCUGUGAGACUCAGGCCAGCGGCUGGGAGAAGGACCCGGGGAGCUUCAGGGAGGUGGUGAAGAGGGCCGUGGACCUGGCCAAUGUCACUCUCAGCUGCAGCAGGAGUAAGGCCAGCCCCCAGGAGGCGCUGCAGAUGCUGUCCUCCACUCGCCUUAGCCUCCGAAGCCUGGCUACCAAAGCCAAGCAACUGCACACCGACGUUGCCACGGGGGAUCUCCAUGGCGACCUGGCCGAUGAUGUCAGAGCCCUGGAGCAGCUGAUCGCAGAGAUGCAGGAGCUGGGCGCUCAGCUGCGCAGCCAGUGAAGGGGAGAGACGCGGCGGGGCGGCGCAGGAAAGGGUUAAUUAAACAGACCCAGACCUCCAGCGGGAAACACGGACUGAGCUGCACACAGUGACGGUGUGCCCAACACGCGACACAGAACUGUCCCUUUUUUUAUAAUACGUUCUUAUGUGAUCUCAUGUAUUAAAUACAUACCCAGAAAAGCCAA